AAGUGAGAGCACGAGCGAGUGGGUCAAGGAACUUCAGGCGAAACGGCGUCGUGGCGAAAUUGUCAUGUGAAACCUGAUUUUUCCGAAUAGAAGCAUAUGCAGAGGUGUGUUUAAUUUUGGUGCUCUGCUCUCUCUGCCAGAUUUCUCAUUCCCCUCCAUUUUCCUUUCUCUCUCUCGCGACCAUACCUAUCCCAUUUCUCCUCCACCCAAGACGCUGGCCAAGAACACGAACGAAGGCAGUGCAGCCCAUUCAUCACUUCGCGUCUCUCCUCCACCGUGACAUCCACCACGUUGCUGGCCAGGAACACGAAGGGAGUGCAGCAGCGAGAGAACGCAGUGCAGGGAGAACACAGAGCCACCAUCGAACUCCGAUUCGCGGACGAUUCCGACGGCCACGACCACCGCGAAGACAGCAUUUUUUUUGAAGUCUCUUCUCUACUCUGCCACUGCCAGACUUAUUCCUUCAUUCCUCUCACACUCUCUUCUCCUCCUCCACCACCCGCGUUUUGGGAAACCAGAAGAGAGCACCCUCGUUUCUCCUCCACCCACGUCGCUGGCCAAGAAACACGAAGGCAGAGUGCAGGCCAUUCACGGCGUCUCCUUUCUCCUCCACCGUGACAUCCACCACGUCGCUGGCAGGGGCAGCAGCGCCACCAUCGGACUGCGAUUGACGAACGAUUUCGAUCGCCACGACCACCACGAACACAGUGGUGACUUCCUUCACAUUCAAAAUUGGAUCUUACACAGAACCAAGAGGCUGGUUGCCGUAAAUUUGGAACCCUUAAAUUUCACUUUCCGUAACUUGGAACCCUUAAAUUUGGAGACCCAAAACUCUCUCAUUUUUUUCUGGUAAGGAAGAAAAUGAAGAUUGUUUCAGUUGCAGUUAGGUCAUUGAGUAUCAAUUUGUCCCGUCCGCUUUAUCAGACUCAUAUGUUCAGAAGCCUUUCCACUUGGGGAUUUACAGAUAAUCAAACCGGUGAUCAGCAGGCUAACAAGUCAGAACCUCCUGAGGAGUUUGGGAAGUUUGGAGAAAAUCGUGGUAGAUAUCCCCAGUUUGAUUCCAUUCUUCAAAAGAUUGGCCAACAGGGAAUGGCUCGACGAAGAUCUGGUUUUGGAUAUGGUGCUGGUUCUGAUAUGAUGGAUCAUCUAGAAGAAAAUGAUGACACAUUAUCUGAUGGAAUGGAUGAAGACCUGAAGAAUGCUGCCACAUACUUUGAAAUGGAUGAGGAGGAAGUUGAGAAAGAAGAUUAUUCUUUUCGAUAUGAUGCCACUUUUCCAACUGGUUCAACAUAUGAUAUAAAAGAUCUGGAUCUUACCAAACCUGGUGUAAUCAGGGCUCCCGUAAGGAAUGAAUUCAGUGUAACCACCAAAGAAGUUCUUAGUCAAGCAGAUUUCAGGAAUGUAAGAUUCCUGGCAAAUUUCAUAACAGAGGCAGGAAUUCUUAUCAAGCGAAGCAAGACCGGCAUUAGUGCCAAGGCUCAAAGAAAAGUUGCUAGGGAGAUAAAAACUGCUCGAGCAUUUGGCUUGAUGCCCUUUACAACCAUGGGAACAAAGUCAUUUGUUUAUGGAAGAACUAUGGAGAGUCAUGACGAAGACUUUGCAUACGAAACUAAGACACAGAACAUGGAUGAAACUAAGAUGCAGAACAUGGAUGAGGAACCUGAUUUGGAUGGAGAUCGAGCUUAAGAACAUUGGUAUAGAUAAUUAUGCUUGCGGAGUUGAAGUAACUUGCAUCGUCCCAUCUACUUUUUGUUUCAUUUCUCUCUUUGGCCAAGAGACUUGAAAUUUAUUGGAAUUCUAGUUUUGCAUCUGACUUUCUUUUUUAUUGCUAAGGAGCUUGUAGUUUAUACUUAACAGAUGAAGUUCAGAUUAAGAAUUUUAUAAAUAAAGUAGAAGUUAUAGGUAAUUUUUUUAAAA